AUGCUCUUCAACGCCUUCACCACCGCUGCCAUCACAGCUUGUACUCUUCUAGCUACUCCAGCCCUCACCAAUCCCAUCGAUACCCUACCCGCUGGUCUCGAAUCCCACCUUCAGACCCGAGCCAACGAUGUUACGGUUAAGUUCUGGGACAGUACUACAUGCAGAACGUCGCGAUCCAGGAAGAGUUUCAACAGUGGACAUUGCAUCAAGGCUCUGGCUGGAAAGGACCAUGCUGUAAGCAUGCAAGAAAGAAAGAGCACAAAGUGUCACAUGAUCAGAUAUCGGGAGAAGAACUGCGUGGGCUAUUCUGAGAAAGUUUUCAACCUCAAUGACUGCUUUAACAUUGGAGACGAGUGGGACUCUCUCAAGUUCCAGUGCUAG